UGGCGCAACCUUGCGAAAGAUUUAUAAACAGUGAUAAAAGCAAAACGCAGCAACCAGCAAUGCAGCAUGCCGAAAUAAGAAAAAUUUCCAAUUGGCGCUAUUUUAUUUUGCUUUCGUUUUGUGGCGAGUGAAUUUGCAGUAUUCAGUUUUCUGAGGUAAUGUGUGAAUUUCCGGAAAACUCGUGAUCUGGUUGCUUACGCUACACGAUAAUAACUUGAUUACUUCAGUAUCAAUUGAUUUACUUACUUACAAAUUAGUUACCCAUCAGCAUGGCAGUAAAAUUAACUCAAAGAUGUAUUGAGGCGAUCAUGAGAGGAGAAACAAUCGAAGAUCCCAUUGUCCAAUUUUUGAAUCACAAGCGGAUAUCAUCCGGAGGCUCGGCGGAACGAUAUCGGAUCAUCAUUUCCGAUGGAAUACAUUUCAACACAUUUGCCAUGUUAACCACUCAGCUGAAUUACAUGAUCACAGAUGGAGAGUUGCAGGAAAAUAGUAUAAUUCGUUUGGAUCAAUACGUUUGUAGUGAACUCGCUUGCGGCAGAGGAAUGAAAAAAGUACUAGUGAUUUUGAAGUUGACCGUAUUAGUGAACGGAGACACCGUAGGUACUAAAAUCGGAACUCCUGUCAAUUACGAAGAGAUCGGCGCUACUCAAGAGCAAACUCCUGCAAAUGGCCCAUCAGCAGAACUAUCAGCUCCUGUACGCAACAACGCUGCUGCUCCUUCGCCGAUAAGAAAUGGCUUUAACAGGAAUAUGGGUGCGUCACCUCAAGGAGGCAACAUAGUUCCUAUUGAGGCAUUGAACCCUUAUCAAAACAAAUGGACCAUUAAAGCACGAGUCGUGUCAAAGGGUAGCAUUCGAACGUGGUCCAACGCAAGAUCAGAUGGUAAACUUUUUAGUAUGGAUCUUGCCGAUGCGUCAGGAGCUAUUAGAGCGACUGCGUUCAAUGAUGCUUGCGAUAGGUUUUACGAUAUGAUGGAAUUGAACAGAGUUUACUUGUUAAGCCGAUGUGCAGUCAAACCAGCUAAUAAAAAAUUCACCACAAUACCGCACGAUUUCGAAUUAACUCUGAACCCAGAUAGUCAAGUGGUGCCGAGCACCGAAGAUGAUAAUUCCAUUCCUCAAUUGCAAUUCAAUUUCACUCCUUUGAGCGCCUUGAAAGAUAUCGCCCCGGAUAGUUUUGUCGAUAUCGUGGGUGUUUGUAAAUCAGCCACUGACGUUCAAACUUUGAGAGCUAGAUCAACCAAUCGAGAAUUAAGAAAACGCGAAAUUACAUUAGUUGAUAAUAGUGAUGCCUCAUUUAAUGUGGCGUUAUGGGAUUCACAUGCUGAAAAUUUUGACGCUUCCAAUACGCCAGUGGUUGCGAUAAAACAAGCGAGAAUCACCGAAUUUGGAGGCGCUAAAUCGGCUUCAUUCGGUCAAUCAUCUCAAAUGCAGAUAAAUCCUGAUAUUCCAAAAGCUCAUCAAUUGAGAGGGUGGUUCGAUUCGUUGGAUAGUAACCAUGAAUUUAAUAGCAUUUCGAAUAGAGUUGGAGGCGAUGUUGGAGGAAAAUUAUGGACAUUGAAGGAAGCGCUCAUGAAUCAAGUAGGAAGUCAAGACAAAGCUGAUUAUUUCAACGUUGAAGCUACUGUACUAUUUAUUCAAUCAGAUCGUGCUAUUUAUCAGGCUUGUCCCUCGAAAGAAUGCAAAAAGAAGGUUGUAGAUAACAAUAAUGGAACUUACAGAUGUGAAAAGUGUAAUGAAGAAUUCCCGAAUUUCGAAUAUAGACUAAUGUUGAAUGCUCAGCUCUGCGACUGGACUGGUAACCAAUGGGUUUCCAUGUUCCAAGAUCAAGCAGAAACUUUAUUAGGAGCUACCGCAGCUGAGAUUGGAAGAAGUCGUGAAGAUUUCAACGAUGCACCCUCUUACGACGAAUAUUUCCGUAAACCUUUAUUCAAAAGUUAUAAUUUCAGAUUACGAGCAAAAAUGGAUACUUUCAAUAAUGAAAAUCGUUUGAGAAUGACCGCUAUGAAUCUGCGACCCAUUGAUUACAAGGAAGCUUGUAAAAGAUUGAUUAGUGAAAUAAAAACAUUAUCUGGAGUUUCGAUCGCUAAUCAUUGAAUCAAGUGAUACGGGUGACAGUUUUUUUUCGUAUCUUUAUUUAUAUAUCGUUUUUUUUGUGUUAUAUUGAAUCGCUAUUUAAUUUAUUUUUAUGUUUAACUGCAAAUUAUAAUUAUUAUGUUGGUCGGAGUGAUUUGUGAAUUAGUUAAAUCUGCACAUUUUUUGAAUUUCUUCAGCAGUGUAUCGAAGUUGUAUAAAACUAUUGAUUUUUGAAUUGAAUAAGUUUACUUUAAUUACUCAUCAUUAUUUAUACCCAAUUCUUUCUACUUGAAUUAAUGUAUUCAUUUAAUGAUAUUGUUAAUUAGAAGUACUCCAAGUAUGUACUGUCGUAAGUCUGGUUCCUUUGUAUACCUUCUAUUCAAGAGUAAUUUAAAAUAAAUAAUUUCCAAUCUAUAAA